UUCCCUUUCUUGAUAUGCCCCUUAACUCAUUGACUUUGGAUGAAUUGGAUGGCAAAGUGAUUGAAUCUUGGUGAAUUGAAAAUGCUACAAAAUGUUUUAAAGAUUGGAUUACUUAAAAGAUGUAAUCAGUGUCUCUUGAAUGCAGUAAGAAAACUUAAUACUGAAGGACAUUUUAUGAAAACAGAGUUGCAAUUUUUAACACAUGAGGAUGAGUCAAACUAUUUAUAUGUCCAUGCUUUUAGUCAAAUGGGAUUUUUAUUGAGCAGUGAAACAAGAGUAUUGGGUCCGAUUGCACUUUUUCCAAAGACUGUCUUGCACUGGAAUGUCAGAAGUCAUGAACAUAUAAAUGAAGAAUCUCUAGCAUUGUUUCCAUUGCUGGUUCCCAAGUUAGACUUAGUGAUAAUAGGCUAUGGUGAUAGAGAUAAUAAAGUCAGUAACAGUGUUUUUACUUUCCUUAAGUCAAAGAAGAUCAAUGUAGAAAUAUUACCUACGGAUGUUGCUUGUUCUACAUUCAAUUUCCUGAACUUAGAAAGGCGGUAUGUGGCUGCAGCUCUGAUUCCACCAAGGAAAGAUAUGGCUAUUAAAGUGAGAGAAGAUGGUCAUGAGGAUGAAUUUCUAAUAAAUUCUACAAUGCCAAGAAAUGUAAAGUCGACUCAUAGUGAUUCAGAUAUAGUAAUAGAGAAGAGUAAACAUCUCGGGGGAACCAACAAAAUUCCUAGCUUGCAACAAAGAUUUCGAAAAUAUGCCCAAGAAGAAGACGAGACAAAAGAAGAAGAAACAAAAGACAAAAACAAAACAGAUAAUGAAAAUGAUAAGAAAUCUUGAUAAAAAGUUUAAUUUGUUAGAUAAAUAAUUAAUAUUGAUAUUAAGUGACAAUAGCGUACUUAAAAUUAUAUAUGUUUUUCACAUGAAUCAACAUUUAUAAAAACAGUACUAAAAAAAUCAUGUAUCGUUUAAACUCUCCACAAAUAUUCAAAACAAAUGUAAUAACUCACACCCUAAAAGUCAUCAUUCACUGAUAUUCCCUAUUGAUUUCCAUUUUUCUAGCCAAAUUUUGUUUAUAUCUUUCCUGUGGAUACAAAAACUACUGUGCAUUCAACACCUUAUAAGCUGGACAGUCUAUACUACAUUGAGAAUUAGUUUUGUUAAUUACUUUUCAACGUAUGAUAUUUUUCAAUUUCAAAUAUUUUGAUUAGAGCAUAAUUGUUGAACUUUUGAAAUGUACAUAUUAAUGUUUAUUGUUUUUACAUAAAUUGGGCUGUUCAAUUUCUU